CACCAUCUCCCUCCCGCAAACAUACCGCUCCUCGUCCGCGCCCUCCUCGGGCUGCGCCGACACCAUUGCUCUCAUCCGGCUUUCGCAUGCUCUCACUCUGUUGGGCACCACCCGCCUCCCACAAGCCUGAAUAUGAGACCCACGCGCGUACUGUGCGUGGCAGAAAAGCCUUCAAUUGCCAAAUCAAUCACGCAGAUUCUUUCUGGGGGAAGGUUCACGACACGGCAAAGCGGGAAUACAUACAUCAGGAACUACGACUUCGACUAUCCUCAGGCGAAUGCCGCCUUUACAGUCACAGCUGUAUCCGGACACAUGUUGGAGCACGAUUUCAGCUUCCAGUACUCUAAAUGGACAUCUUGCGACCCAUUCGAGCUGUUUGAGGCACCCAUCAUCGCGGAAGUCAGGAAAGAUGCUACGACCAUCGCACAGAACCUCAAGAACGAAGCCCGCAAAGCACACCAAAUCAUGAUCUGGACCGACUGUGACCGAGAAGGGGAGCAUAUUGGUUGGGAGAUUGUCAAAGAAUGCAGAAAGGCUAAGCCAAACGUCACCGUGACGCGAGCGCGGUUCAGUGCAAUUAUACCGCAGCAAAUCCACAAUGCAGCGCAGAAUCCCAUUGCGCUUGACAUGGCCCAAGUGAACGCUGUGGAAGCACGUAUACUACUCGACUUGAGGAUUGGUGCCGCCAUGUCCCGGUUACAGACGCUCAACCUUCAGCGGCGCUUCGAGGACUAUGACCUAACGGAAGGGGUCAUCUCGUAUGGACCGUGUCAAUUCCCAACUCUGGGGUUUGUCGUGUCUCGGUACAACCAAGUGAAAGCUUUCAGGCCGGAGACGUUCUGGUACAUCUUCCUAUCUGUCUCACGACAGAAUUCCGAAGGCGAGGAUGAAGAAACUGUGUUCACAUGGCGUCGAGGGCAUCUUUUUGACUUCGACGUGGCUAUGGCAAUCUACGAGCACGUCCUUGACUCACCUGUGGCACGUGUAACUGAAGUAAAGAGCAAGGACACUAAAAAAUGGAAGCCUUUGCCCUUGACUACGGUAGACCUGCAGAAGGCGGGAUCUCGAUUGCUCCGCAUGAGCCCCAAGAAAGUACUCGACAUUGCCGAGAAGCUCUACCAACAAGGUUUCCUGUCGUACCCUCGUACAGAGACCGACCGUUUCGACGCGCAAUUCGAUUUCAUGACGCUCAUCGAGAAGCAGACAGUAGACCCGGCAUGGGGUGACUUUGCCACCAGACUUCAGAACGGCGGCUUCAACCGACCACGGCAGGGCAGAAAAGAUGACAAGGCGCACCCGCCUAUUCAUCCGACCGCUCACGCUGGUAACCUAGUCGGCGACGAGAAGAAAGUGUACGAAUACAUUACGCGUCGGUUUCUUGCGUGUUGUUCCAUGGACGCCCUGGGUUGGGAGACUACAGUCGAGCUCCUCUACGGAGAUGAGGAGUUCUAUGCAACCGGCCUGAGGGUGCGGGAAAGGAACUACCUCGAUGUCUUCAUCUACGACAAAUGGUCCGACAAGGAGCUGCCUCACUUUGAGAGAGAUGAAGAGUUCGCUCCUGCGGUCUGUCUCUUGAAGGACGGGCAGACAACCAAACCUCAUCUUCUAACUGAGGCUGACCUCGUUACGUUGAUGGAUAAGAAUGGCAUUGGCACCGAUGCCACUAUCGCUCAACACAUUGAGACCAUCGUCAAGCGCAAUUACGUGCAUGAGAAAAUGCAAGGGUCGAUAAAGUAUCUCAUUCCCUCCGCGCUUGGUAUCGGUUUGGUCGAAGGCUAUGACUCGAUUGGGUUCGAGCGAAGUCUCAGCAGACCACAGCUGCGUCGCGAGACCGAGCGACGUAUGCUCAAUAUAUGCGAGGGAACCAUGACCAAGAACGACAUGCUGGUGCAAAGUAUCGAGCAGUACAAGGAAAUGUACAUGAGGGCACGAGCCGAGUUUGAGAGGCUUGCAACAUGCGUGCAUGACCGACUACGAGAAGGCGUCAACCUAGACGACGUUGGUGGUCCCGACGAUGCCGGUGGAGGCGGCGGUGGCGGCGGUGGAAGAGGCGGGCGCCGAGGGCGAGGCGCAAGAGGAGGGCGCGGCGGCAGGGGCGGCAGAGGUGGCGGAGCCAAUCCCGGCGACAGCAGCAGCGACGGUGGCAGCGAUGGCGGUGGCGGUGGCGGUGGAAAUGGCGCUCGUGGUGCUGCGAGAGGGCGAGGCACUCGCGGUGGUUCCCGGGCAGCGUCUACUGCGGCGAGGGUACCAACAUCUCGGAGGGGACGAGGAGGGCGGGGCGGUGGUGCGGCUGCGGCGCCCGCUCCUGGUGCCACUAUCGAUGUGGACGGCUCUGACUCUGACCAAUACUGGGAUGAUCCCCCUGCGGCGCCCCAACCAGCACUUCCACCCCCCGCCCCGGCGCCGAAGCCACCCUCAUCGCGUGGCAGUCGUAGUACAACGGUCAAGGCACCAGAGACAUCUUCCCUCGCAGCUCCCACAUGCGAAUGCGGGGAUGUCGCCGUAGAGCGCACAGUGAAGGCCGAAACCGCCAACAAAGGCCGGCUCUUCUGGACCUGCCCCAAUAACCGCAGAUGCGACUUCUUCGAAUGGGCAGAUGGGCCGUCGAACUCGAACGCAGGUGCAUCGCACUCUACGGGCGCAUCACGGACCGCCUCGAUCCCUACCAAGCGAUCGGUUGGUAACCGGGACGCAGACCGGAAACGCUGCCUCUGUGAGCUUUCGGCCGUGCUGAAGGAGACGAAGAACGGCGCGAACAAGGGUAGAAAGUACUGGUCAUGUCCGAACGAGUCGGCGAAGGCCCGAUGCAAGUUCUUCGAGUGGGCGACGGACGAGGAGGUGGCGGAGGCGGAGGCUGCAAGACCGCGAUACAAGACCUUCGAAAACCGUAAUGAAAGCAGAAGUAAUAACAACUACGGAGGCGCAGGAUCUGGAGAGUGCUUCAAGUGUGGUCAGGAAGGUCAUUGGGCAAAUGCUUGCCCAAACGGUGACGGCUUCAAGUCGUCGUCCCGUACCGCGUCGACAAGCAGCAGAAGAGGAAGAGGAGGAGGGAGCCUUCGACGAACCGGGUCGGGUCGAAGAGGAACGAAGCGGGGCAAGAAGAGCGACUCGUUCGCCACGGACGAUUGGUAACGUUUCCGAGGUAUACAACCCUUGUUUUUGUGCUGUAACUGUACUCUAGUAGUCACAUUGUUCUUGCUCUCGUCGCUGUUUCAUCGUAUUAU